AAUUCAUAGCCGGACAAGCCAUAGACAAAGGGAAGAUGGCACAAAAAUAAAACCUUCUACUUGUCUCAUAUUAUGCCAGCAACUUUAAAUGUAGCGAUUUAUGUAAUGGUAUCAUAACUCCUUGACAUACUUGAAAACAUUGUUUAGUUUGUCCUGAAGCCGGAAUUAUACGUUUCAACGAUGGAGGAUCCAACGGUUUCGAAUCUUCAAGCCAAAACGGAAGGUGGGAGGCCUCUGUCAUCAUAUGAAAUAACAUUGCAAAUUCAAAAAGAAUCAACAGAAAAAGCGGAGUUGGUCACAACCGAAAACUCUUCAGCGGCCGAAGAUAAUGAACAACAACCAAUCGAAAAUGGAGAGAUGAAUGCCGAGCAAAAUAAUACUUCGGUCGAACCAGAGGAAAUAGAGAGUGGAGUCGUCGAAUCUACUGCUGUUGAAAAUCCCAUCCCGGAUCCCGUAAAACAAGGGCCGAGAGAGUCUUCUUCAUCUUCGUCGUCAUCUUCGGAGAGUGAAGACGAAUCGGAAAAACAAACAAAUGAUGACGUAAAUAAUGAAGCAGUCCCAGAAAUCGCGCAAAUCAAAAAUGAUGGUGAUGAAGAAAAUGGAGACUGUAAAACCCCGGAAGCGGUACCGGAAAAAUCAGAGCAAGAAGAUAAUAAUGAAAGUGAAGAAGUCGAGAAACUUUCGAAUAAAGUAGAAAUGGAAAUAAAUCAAAAUAUAGGUACUGAAGAAACAGACUCCGAAAUCCCACCACGCGAAAUGGUUUCACCACCAUUACCCCCUCCCCCGGAAGACGUUACUUCAACCUCACCAGUCGACGAAAACGCGAUUCCCUACCCUGAUCAUGUUGAAUUACCACCAGAAUCUUUUCCUCUGCCCGAUGAAGCUCUAAUAUCUCCAGGGGAUGAGUUACCGUCUCCUCCGCCACCCGAAGAAAUUUCGGUACCACCAGAAGAAAUUGAACUUCCUAGCCCUCCUCCUCCGGAGGAUCAAUCUAAUCUUUUCACGGAUCCCAUAGAAGAACAAGAGGGGAAUCUACCCCCACCACCUCAAUCUUUAGAACAAGAAGAUUCUAGGUCAACUCCCGAAAAAACUGAGGUACCGUGUCCUACCGUCCCGCCAAUAGAAACGCAGGUAUUAGAACAAAGCGACAUGCCAUCCCCUCCAAGCAUAGUUGAAGACACGACACUGGACGUUGAAGUAGCCGAGCUGCCACCACCGCCGGCAACAACAGAACAGGAAACAGAAACCGAAGAAAAUAGGGCGGAACAAUCUGAGGAACUCAAUGACGAAAACAAGAGAAAAAGUAGCUCGUCUUCUUCAAGUAGUAGCAGCAGCAGUAGUAGUGACCAAGAAGAAGACCAAAAAGAAGUUGCUGCUGAGACUAGUACGGAUACAGAAACACAAUUGCAAAAAACAAGUCAAAAUAUAGAAACAGGAGAAAAACAAGAAGCUGAACCUGAAAUUAUUGAUAUAAAAGAGAUUGAAACUGCUCAGGGGGAUGAUCCCGAAACAACAAAAAUUCAAAAUGAAGAAAUAACGGACGAACCUCAAAAAACUACAGAACGGGAAAAAGCUGUUGAGGAUGACAAUGAAAAAAUAGAAGAAUCCGAACAACGACCACAGGAAAGUGAACAACUUACAAAAUCAGGCGUAGAUGUGCAGAAAAAUGAACCAGACAAAUCUAAUACGGAAAACGUACCCAAAGCGGAAAAAAAAGACGGUCAUACUAAACCACCUCGAGGAAGCUCUGCAAUUACACCGGAUGUGGAAUUGGCAGAAGUGCCUUUAGAAGAAGCACCUACAAAAUCUACACCGGAGUCUAGAGAAGAAAUUGAAGCACCCGAUAAAGCAAAAAAAGGCUGCUGUGUCAUUUUAUAAAACCAUUUUUUUUUCUAAAAGAUUAUUAAAUAGUAUUACUAAAUGUAGUGUGGUUCUCCGCGUAGAAAUGGCGCAGGAAUUCAGUUUUAUACAUAACAGAAAACCAGUUUGUUUAGUUCUCUAAACCCUUUUCUAUGCCAACGUUUUAUUAGUCAAAAUCUAAAUCAUAUCCAGGUUUUACCAACUAAAAUCAUAUUCUAAACAAUAAAAGAUUGCCAAAUUAUUUAAAAAUGGAUAUUUUCAUCUAAGAUUUUGAUGAAAAAAUAAAUCAGUUCCGCUUAGCAUAUUGAACACAAUUGAUCCAAUGUGUUUCCAUUCUUUGUUAGAUAACUGACAUGAUAUAACAAUUUGAAAAUGUUCAACUGGAUGGUCGUCUCAAAAUGUAUGUAAAGUAUGUAUACUUUACAGUGUUGGAUAAUAACUCGUUGGCUUGUCUAUCUGUUGCUAGGUAUUGUGUUAUUGUGACGAAGAAACACUAAAGAAUUUUCGUAAUUUUUACGAUUUGUGACAGUUUCUAUGACAUUUAGUUCGAUGCAAAUUUCAAAUAACAAAUUCAUGGAAUACCCAUGUUUGGUCUACUCGCUUUUUACAGGCGACAACGCAGUUAGUUAUUAAGCAAAUGACCAAUUGACGUUUUCAUUUAUUUGUAUAAAGUUUCACAUUUUACCACUGAAAAUGAAUUUAAUUCUAUAAAACGGCAUGAUUAACGUCAUGAUAACGGUUCUACAUUUUACACCAGUCGGUUGCAAACCCCAAAUUGGAGCCACUACAUGGAUAUAAAUGUAAUAAAAUUUUGUUUUUAAAACUAUUUGUUUCGAUUUGAAAAUAUUUAAAAAUUCGAUUUAAUAAUGUGAUCCAUCCUUUAAUCAAUAGUUAUUGUCGGAUUUCAAUGGCUUUAGUGUUUAAAAUAGCAAACAUGUUUCGCGACUCGACAACAUGGUAAUGAAGAGACUCGAUUUUUUACAACUUUUAGUAACGCACGUUAUACAUACUUUUUCCAUUGUUUUUGGUCAUGUGAUAAGAAAUCGAUACUUCUUGUUCUUGUCUGUCUUAUCAGAAUUUUAUGAAAUUAACGUUUUUUUUUCACGACACAACUUCAGUCAUUGUCUGUUUUUGUUUUUAAAGUGAAAUAAAAGCAGCGGUGUUUUUCA